CUGCAAAUUCAAAAAAUCAGUAGUUUAUCAGUAGUUGCUAUUAAAAUUGUAAAAUGUAAUAAUUCCACGUAUUUGGCUGCUAUUUUAGUGGGUAGGUACCUAUUUAUUAUUGGUUGGUCUUGCGUUCAAGACAAAAACAUCAUCACAAUAUUCGCAUACUAAUAACACAGACUUCAAAAUAACAUAUGAAAUCGGUAAAAUAAUUUCUGUCUCGUCAUAGUGGGGAUUGGGGAACGAUUUGAUCAUCCCGAGGGACACGUACCACAAGCACUCGACGCGACGACGCUGUUCUCACCCAAGUACUCAAACUCAACCACCGUAGACCGCGGCCGAACAUGAAAUAAUAUUAUUAGCAAAUUCGCUCGGACAAAAGUCGUAGGGUAGGCGAGUUCAAACCCCGGCGGCGGAUAUAUCGUCGCCGUCGUUAUCACGGCCGUCUUGUGCUGCCCGGAUUUUUUGCAUUUUUUUUCGACUUUUUUUAAAGUUAUACUUUAAUUUCAAACCAUUUUGAGUUUAUUAUAUGUACGUUACUUAUAUUUUAGAUAUGGAAACAGUUAUUUAACAGGUUGUUCAAUACAUUUUUAAACAUGAUUAUUUAAGACAUCAGAAUGUCAUGUCGGUUCUUUCUUUAAUAAAAAUUUCACCACAGAACACUACAAAGGGGUAUAGAUAAAUAUUUAUAAUUUGGAUAUUCCGUAUCAUCGUCGACGAUAAAAUGUUUCCGUUUCCUUUGGAAAAAACAUUCAAUUAAGCUUAACUAUGUGUAUGUAUAGUAUGUAAUUAUGGUUGUUAUUACUAUACAAUAUAAUAUGUACUUAAUAAUAUUAUCUCCAAUCAUUAAUUUAUCGUAUGGUGGUUGUGUGGUGGAGAGGGUAACUUAAGCUUAGCUGAACUGUGCCGUCGUAUGCAACGUCAGGCCUUGGCCAACGUUUGAACUAUACGUUUCAUGCACAAAAAUCCGUAUAAUUUUUUUGCACAUAUUAAAAUAUUUUUUCUAGACUCCUAACAAGUGCUUCUCUUUUACCGGGUUCUUUGUGUUUCGUUGGGCGAUUUGACGAUUUCGAUACCGGUGAGUACAAUGUUCAUAGUCCAUAGACAUAAUAGUAUUAUUAAAAUUAUUUAUGCCAUGCUUUGGUAUUUUCAUUACAUACCUACAACGUACCUACAAGUGUAUUCGUAACAGCGCACGAACAUUUCAGUACACUCUUUGUACAUACACCAAAUUCCACCCUUCCGAUGUUAGUUUUUUCUUUUUGUAGGUACACCAUUCAUUUACUUUCUUCAAACAUAACGUUCUUCAUAUCCGCAUAUUGUACUCGGAAUUAUCUUUCGCUGUGGUCGGCAUUGGCCCGCAAGCCGUUUCACGGAAGUCAUUCUUUUAAUGUGCGCGUUACCAUUGCGUAUUUGUUCUGUUCUGUAAUGUCGCUUUAACAUUUUACGCAUACAUUUAACCGUGCUGCGACAAGCUACCUACACUGCACUUCUUCCUAUUUAUCAAUUUUUUAUUAUGUAGGUACAUGCUACACAUUAUCAGGUAGCUAUGCAUCGAUUCUAAAAAUAACUCAGAAUUUUUCAUUACUGAUAACAAACUGAUACCAACGUCAUAUUAUUCAAUUACCUACAAUCAUAACGAGUGUACACUGUUUGUUUUUCAAAUGUUUUUACUUAUUCAUCAUGAUGAUACAUGGUCACGGUAAUGUAUGCAUGGUAUUCACAAUGGUGAAACGCUGUGCGGUAUGUGGGAAUGUGGACGGUUUCAAUGACGUUAGCAUACACAGAAUUCCAAAUGAUGCACAUCGAUUUCAGUGGAUGGAAUUUGUAAGAAACCAGGGUGUAGUCCCAAUCUUGGGCAUUAAGUUGUGUUCGAGACAUUUUGUUCCUGGCCUAGACUACACUGUCGACGCUCGACAAAUCAUCACAUGAGGUGUAUUUGUUAUCACACAACCACCACAAGUAGUCGGACCUAAUCGGGACCGAGAAGAUCGUGCGGAAAAUGUCGAUGCCGGUGUGGAAGUGAUUGAAGUACAGAUGGAUGAAGUUUUGUUUGAUGACAACAACAUUGAGGUAGUUGUGGUCCGGUUGGACGACAACAACGUUGAAAUUAUGGAUGUCCUCAUGAAAGGAGAAGAACAAGGACCAUUUCAAGUAGAAGUGGUACCAGACGAUGAUGACUUUGUUGGUGUCUUUAACGUUUCACCACUUUACGUCAUUGAAGAGGUGGAACAUCCAUUGGUGGCACGCGCGCCGUUGAUAGACCGACCGGCGACCGGCUGGCGUUCAGCACCCACUACCUGAACCACACGACAUAGGAGCAUUGAAUGCAGUCUAUAGACAAUGUAGGUACGUAACUUUAUGUGCGAACGCAUUGGUGUCAACCGGGGUCAUUUUUCGACGUGCUGCAGCAACGGUCUGAUGGCCGUUUCAGGACCGCGGGUGCUGACAAUUGCACCUCAUCUACUGCAAAGGCUGCUGGUUGAAGAUACAGCGGAAGGCAGACACUACCGAACGCACGUUCGGCAAUAUAACAACACUUUGGCGUUUGCUACUUUCUCCAGCGACCUCAACACACGUCGCUUGCCAGGUCGGGGACCAACUAUGUUCACUGUCCAUGGGCAGGCAUAUUGGACGAUAAGUAAUGACUUGCUUGGAAAUGAACAAAUGCAACGCAGAUACUGUCAGCUGUAUUUUGUCGAAUCUGGGGAGGCAAAUCGGAUUCGAGCAGAACAGCAGAAUCUACAGCCCAACACACACCGUCUCUUGCCAAGGGUGCUAGAGGACUUAGAUCGCAUGUUACGAGACAUAAAUCCAUUCGCACAGGCUUUCGAGACUAUGCGAGAAGUGUGGGCAAGGGAAAACGCUCCAGACAGAGAUCCUCAGUUGCAACCAAGAAGAGUGACAAUGCAUUUCGUCGCCGACGGAACCGUGGACAGGAGGCGAUACAAUCCACCGCCUCAUGCGGUCAGCGAAGUUGCAGCAGUGUUUGUCGGCAAUGACGGCCAACCGCCUAUGAACGUUGAUCUGGUCGUCUACGACCGGAAUCCAAUUAAUCCUCAACACCGCCGGCUACAGUCCAUUCCUGCCGGCUCCGCAAACGCAGAACCAAUGCUGUAUCCCCUGUUAUUUCCACGAGGGGAGCUCGGUUGGCACUACAACUUGUAGCAAGAGGGCGUCCGCCGAAACCGUGUCCGAUCUCGGAACAGUAUCAGGGAGUACACAUGCUAUCGUCUGGCCAUUAGAUAUCAUGAUAACAACGACACGAUCAACGA